AGAGUCGAAUCGCCCGCUUCGGGAUCUCCAGCUCUGCGCGUGUGCCACUCGCCAGUUGUGGUGAGUGGAGGUAACGGGAUCUGUGUGGAGCGGGUUGGCAGUCAGAGCCAGGUUAGCGUUAAGAAACUACGAUGUACAAAGAUGCCUACUGUAGGGAGUGGAGAGUUAGAAAAAUCGCCGCAGGAGGAAAAUCAGCAAUGCUCCACCUAUCUGUUUCCGUCAACUCAAGCAUCUGUGGCUGCCUCCUCUGGAGAGCUGAGUGGGGCAACAAAAGUGCCCCCUGUGCCUGCUUCGACGGUGGCCUCGAUUCCUGCAUCAAUCAUGAAAGGGCAUACCCGCAGUGCCAGUCACGGGGGCGUAGGGACGUCAGUGUCAUCAUCCAACGUCGUAGGGCGCCCCUCCGCCCUCAAACAGAACAGGGGUCAUCAGAGAGCCUUCUCACAAGGACAGAUCGAAGAUGGUGCGGGUGCAACAAGUUUCCAGCGGGGACACUCUCGUGUGGGAUCCAAGACUGAUUUUAUCCUCCCUCCAGGUCACAGGGAUUCUGAGAACAAUGUUGGGGCUCCCCCUAGUGCAACUAAAGUGCAUGGUCACUCAAGACAGGCAUCAAGAUCAGAAUCCAUAUACACUCUUCGACAGAGUGGAACUCCUUCGUUGUGGCAUCAGUUUCAAACUUAUGUGCUUAGGAGAAAAGGAAAAACUGAAGUUGAGGAACCACGUUAUCGCACUGUAGUACCAAAUCAUCUUGUACCUCCACGUACCCCCCAGAAGGCCCAUCCGAAUGGCAAAAGGCCUGAUAAUCGAAUUAGGACUACAAAAUAUACAUUACUUUCAUUCCUACCAAAAAAUCUUCUUGAACAAUUUCAUCGUGUGGCUAAUUUGUAUUUUAUUUUUAUUGUGUUGCUCAAUUGGUUCCCUGCCAUUAAUGCAUUUGGAAAAGAAAUAGCUAUGAUUCCAGUGUUAUUUGUUUUGGGUGUGACUGCUAUCAAGGAUUUGUUCGAAGACAGAAGAAGACAUGCUAGUGAUAAACGCAUCAACAAUUCAACAUGUCGAGUUUACAGUGGGUGUAAGGAAGUAAACAAGAAGAUUCAAAUAAAUGUUGAUUAUCAACUUGCCACCAUUUUUUUGCCAUCAACUUUUGUAUCCAGAAAUAACAUUGGUCUUCGUAUUUUUGAACUUGUAUUUGUAAAAGAACUUCAUGCUUGUAAUGAGAGCAAACCUCCAAAUACAAAAGCUUAUUCAUCGUUCAGUAUCUUCAAAUGUAUUUGUUCUACGAGUUUGAAACAUUUGAUAGUACAUUUAGAACGUGCUAAAGGUCAUUUGGAAAAUAGAGGAAGGAAAGAAUCUGAGGAGGCGGAGCGCUACCAGCGCGUGCUGUGGAAGGACGUGCGCGUGGGGGACGUGGUGCACCUGUCCAACAACGAGCUGGUGCCGGCCGACGUGCUGCUCCUGCGCUCCAGCGACCCGCACGGCCUCUGCUACCUGGACACGUGCAACCUGGACGGCGAGACCAGCCUCAAGCAGCGCUGCGUCGCGCGCGGAUUCGUCGAGAAGCAAGAGGUGUUCCACCCGAGCCGCUUCCGGUCGGUGGUGGAGGUGGACACGCCCACCACCAAGAUCUACCGCUUCCACGGCGCGCUGGUGCACCCCGCGGGCCGGCGCGUGCCCGUGGGCACGGAGAACCUGCUGCUGCGCGAGUUAUGAUACCCUUAUCUUUGUAUGUGACCCUCGAAAUGGCAAAACUAAUUCAAGUAUAUCACAUACAUAAUGAUGUAGACUUGUAUGACCCUCUAACAAACAAACGAAUUGAAUGCAGAGCUCUGAAUAUUCCAGAAGAACUGGGACAGGUGCAAUACAUUUUUUCUGAUAAGACUGGAACAUUAACGGAGAAUAAAAUGAUUUUCCGACGGUGUUCCAUUAAUGGAAUUGAUUAUAACCAUCCACCCCCCGAAAAUGCUGAAAGUCUGAGAUUAAAACCCGGUGCUCCAAUGCCAUUGUUAGUCAACCCGAGGAUGCAGGAAGAGCUAGGUCAAUUAGGCUCUGAACUGAGAGGACAAGUUCAUGCUCAAAAAAUUCAAGAAUUUCUUUUACUUCUAGCUGUGUGUAAUACUGUUGUAGUUGCAAGACAUCCACAUCAUGAUAUGAUGAACGCGAGUGGUGUCAUUGAAUCGGUGAGCUGUGCUCUUGAUAACCAGUCAAGCCAGACAAUGCCUCCUAUUGUCACAAGCAGCGCUCUGAGUGAACCAGUGCUGCCAUCGCAAAGCAUAUCCAUUGCUGGACAGAGCAAACCCGACAAGUAUUCCAGGCUGACUGAGUCUAGGUCUGUGACCCCAUCUCCUCCCCCUCCACUUGCAGCAACUACCAGAGGGCAGCUUGUUCCUCCAUCUCUUUCCCCCAUCGCCUCUUCCACUGAAAGCACUCCUACAGGAGACUCGCCUCCUCCACCACCUCGUACAAUUCGACCCAAACUCCUCCAUGUGCCAUCUUUGCUUUUGGUAGCUGGAUCUAAGAAAUCCCCUCAGAACCCCCAGAACAUGUCCCAUAAAUCUGUGACGCCAUCGCCUGGCGAACUCCGACCAAUCUUUGAAGCAGAGAGCCCAGAUGAACUGGCUUUGGUGGAUGCUUCGUACAGCUAUAACUGUAAAUUACUGAAACGAUCUCCUAGAAGUGCCACUGUCUCAUUACCUGGUGAAGGGCUAGUAGAAAUGGAAAUAUUGCGAGUUUUGCCCUUCGAUUCAUCUCGUAAAUGUAUGUCUGUGAUAAUUGUUCAUCCAAUAACAAAGGAGAAAACAGUAUACUGUAAAGGUGCUGACUCAACAAUACUUCCUCAACUUAAACCAACAGAUGAUUUCCUGAUGCAACAACUCAUAUUUCGCACACAACAACAUCUUAAUGCCUAUGCUAGACAAGGAUUGAGAGUUUUGGUAAUGGCAAAACGCACUCUCUCAGACGCGGAAUAUGAGGAAUGGGAAAGAGCACAUUCAGAAGCGGAGUUAAGUGUGGAAAACCGUGAUAGAAAAAUUAGAGAUUCUUAUGCAAAAUUAGAAACAAACUUAACUCUUCUGGGAGCUACAGGUAUUGAAGACAGGCUUCAAGAAGGUGUACCUGAGACAAUUGCUGCUCUCAUCAGUGCAGGGAUAGUAGUUUGGGUACUUACAGGAGAUAAACCUGAAACUGCAAUUAAUGUUGCGUAUUCAUGUAAACUGUUCUCACCACAAAUGGAGCUUCUAAAGUUGUCGGCACGCUCAAAAGAUGCUGCAGAGAGCACAAUCCUGUUUUAUUUAACAGAAAUCCAAAGGGAUUGUUCUCCUUCAGAUCAUGGUGCAACAGGUGGGUUGGCAGGUCCAGGACUCAAUCAGGUGGGAGUGUUUGCCCGAGCCACAACUCUUGGUGAAUCAUCACACUCCAGCCACCAAGUCAUGAAAAAAAGAGCGCUUGUAGUUGAUGGGAAAACUCUUACUUAUAUUCUAGAUCGGCGGUCAAAUCUUCAAAAACCUUUUCUUGAAUUAACAAGGCAUUGCACUUCUGUCCUGUGUUGUCGAGCUACUCCUUUGCAGAAAGCAUACAUUGUGAAAGUAGUAAAAGAAGUAUUGAAAAUGCGAACUCUAGCAAUUGGUGAUGGCGCUAAUGAUGUGUCAAUGAUUCAGACUGCAGAUGUUGGUAUUGGUAUAUCUGGGCAGGAGGGAAUGCAAGCUGUUAUGGCUUCAGAUUUUGCAUUGUCUCGUUUUAAAUACCUUGAACGCUUAUUGCUGGUACAUGGUCAUUGGUGCUAUGACAGGCUUGCACGAAUGGUGCUUUAUUUCUUUUAUAAGAAUGCUACAUUUGUAUUUCUUAUUUUCUGGUAUCAGUUGUAUUGUGGUUUUACUGGUGCAGUUAUGAUUGACCAGAUGUACCUGAUGUUGUAUAAUCUACUCUUCACUUCAUUGCCCCCUAUUGCCAUUGGUGUUUAUGACCAAGAUGUUCCAGAAGAAAUUCUACUAGCUCGACCUCAUUUAUAUCGACAAGGUCGAUUAGGCCUUGUUUAUCAGCCUCACUCAUUUUGGAUUACAAUGGCAGACUCCUUAUACCAGAGUAUUGUUAUAUUUUUUAUCAGUGAAGCUGCAUAUCAUGACACUGAUGUAGGAAUCUGGGAAUUUGGUACAACCAUAACUACCUCAUGCAUGUUUGUCAUGCUCAUGCAGGUUGCCAUAGAGACGAGAUCUUGGACUGUUCUACAUGUGCUUUCAAUUUUGGCAUCCAUCUCAGCAUUCUAUGUAUUCUCUCUUGUGUAUAAUACUGUGUGUCUACAAUGUUUUGGUCUCCCCAGUAAUUAUUGGGUUAUUCAACAGACAAUUGGUUCAGUCAUAUAUUGGGCAGUUGUCAUCUUAUCUACAGUAUUAGCCCUUCUUCCCAGGUUUGUUUGGCGAGCUUUGGAAACAUGUCUUUUCCCUCGGGAUGUAACGCGAGCUGUAUUGGAAAAACGUCGCGCUGCACGUCUAGAUAUCCUGCGGAAUGAAUUCUCUUCAAUUAUUCCAAGAUCUAAAGAAGAUCAUCUGGUGUAAAGGACAACUGAUUAUGGACCUAAGGAUGUGAAUCCUAAUAACCUGACUGUCGUAGGAUGAUUUCAUACAUCUGGAAGGUAGAAGGUGUAAUAAAGAAAAAAACUGCAUCGUUGUUUAGGCUGUGAGGUUCAAGUGGACCAAUAUUGGAAUUGGUAACUUAUUUUUGUACCUCUCUGUGAGGUAAACAGAUAAGCAUUGCCAGUCACUAAGGGGGACCAAGGUCAAAAUGCUACUAUUUUUUCUGUUAAAAGUUAACAAUAUAGAAGGUUGUUGUAUUUGAAACACACUGCAGUAGAUUGAUGAGACUAACCAAAAUCUUAAAUAGUAGUUUUAGUAUUUUGCAUUUAAAAAUGAUAAAAUUUCUGUGUUGGCAGCAUAUUGUUAUUUAAUUUUGAUUAAAGUUCCUUGUGUACAGUUCUAGAAAGGUUUCUGUUCUUUUGAAAUUGUUGUUAUAUGUAUACAUGUGUAAAUAUUUAUUUUUUUAAAUUGCCAUAAAGAAUUACAUACAUAUAUUUUGUGGGAUUGAUACAUUCUAUUUUGCAGGGAGGGGGGUGACAUGUAGGUAACAUAACUUUUUCUUUUCAGUGAACUGUUAUUGUUUACAUGUCUUAGUUUCCAUUUUUUAAAACUCUUUUAAUACUGAUACAUUCCUAAUCUUUAUGGAACGCAUUAUGAGAGGGCUUCAGAAUGUUAAGUGAUUGAUGUAUGCUAAUUUUCAUCUUAUAUUUCUUAAUUUACAUUUGUAUAUUGUCAACAGGAAUGAUGCAAUCCUGCUUACACUGUACCAUUAUUAUUUUUUGAGGCAUGUACUUUUGUUGGGUAGUAAAGUAGUGCCAGCUAACUUAUUAUCUUUGUGAUUCUAUGAGAUAAACAUAUCUUCUUAAAGAGUGAAAUUCUUGUGCCACUGAAUACAUUGUGUUUACGAUAUAGCUUUAGAGUAAGAGAAUACAUUUAUCUUUGCCACGUUUUAUGCUGUAUAUAUUUUGUAACUAAUUUUUAAACUUGUUUUGUAGUACUUUCUCUAUAAUUGUGCAUAUUAUUUAUUUUGUAUAUUUAUGUUUUGAAACUAGAAGUAAGAAAUUUUGUUUAACACUGUGUGGCACUGUGCGUUGUAUAAUAGAAAUAAUCACAAUGCAUAAUUUUUAAGUUUUGUAGUAGUUGUAGAAAUUUGAAUCACAUUUAGUAUGAAGAGCAGUAUUUCAUUUGUUGUUUAUUGCAUUUACUAGUAUUGUUUUGAAUAUCAUUUUUUAUUUUGUACCUUCUGAACAUCUAAAGGCGUAAUAAGAGUAUAAUUUUGAUAGUGUAUGGCUGUUCUUAAUUUGUAGGCACAAGUUUGUAAAUUUUCAUUAUUUUGUUUAGUGCAGAAGUUGCAUUUAAGCACUUCUAGAAAUUGACAGACACAUAGAAUUUUUUGUUUCCAAAAUGAGUCUCAGAUAACAUUGAGUUUCUCAGAAUUGCUUUGUAAAUUUGCCAUAUUUGUUGAAACAUCUUCUUUCACUUACUUUCCAACACUUUAAUUUUUCCACAACUUGCAUUCUGUCCACUGAUUUAAACCAAGUCAUUAAUGAUUGAUUAAUGUUCAUUUUAAUUACCCUUCUUGAGUUGUUUAAUGAGUUGGAAUAUCAUUGUUGGCGAAGCAAUUUAAGUUAAAAUAUUUUCUAUGGUCUUAAGUUAUAGCUCUUUUGAUUACAAACAUCGAUAAAUGCAAUAGUGUGUGUGAAUCGUUUGCAUGGUUUAACCAGAAAUUAAUUGAAAUUUCAACUUAUAUUUCACUUUCUCUCUCUCCAUAUUUAAUGUACAUAGUAAUUGUAUUUAAUUUAUUAAUCAGCUUUGGGAACCCUGUCUGUACAUGGCAGUGCUUGUCAAUAAAAAAAAUUAUGUAUAAUGAUAAGCAAUACAGAAGUGUCUAUAACAUUUUAGAUUUCUCUAAAUAGUGUCUUCUAAUUUUAUUUUUCUUCAGAACUCUAAUGCUUGAUCGGUUAUUUAUUAGUACUUAUGGAAAUUGUUACUUAAAAAGCUUAGAGGUGCAUUAUCAAUCGGGGCAAAAACAUUUUUUUUAACACUAUCAAGAAAAUAUGAUUAGUUUUUGUUAUUAUUGAGAAUUUCCAUCACCAUAUUAUAAAUUGGAAUUUACUAUUAUAUUGUCUCAAAUAAAGAAAACUAUUGAGGAAUAAAAAGCAAAGACACUGGUUCUAUUUUAACACAUAAUGCAUUCCAUUUUUGUAGAAUCUACUUUAAUCGGUCUUCAUAUCAAAGUAUUUUAGAUAACAGAAAUCUUCGUGAGAACAACUGCAAACAAAAUCUUGCCCCAACUGAAUAAAGUUUUCAACAUUCAAGGAAUCACCAUGUGACAUUGCCAGAAAGCUCUUCAUGUCUUAGCACAUGCUCUUCAAAACGUUUUGUAUUGCUUGUCUAAACUUGAAUUGAAUUAAAGGCUAUAUGGAAGAUGCAUUGUGUGUGAUAACCGAGUCUUGAAAAAAUUUAUUUCACAUAUUGUGAAUUCCUAUACUGUGAAGACAAUAUGAAUACUGUACUUAUACCAAUAACAUAGAUAUUUUGUUUGGAAGAAGAUAACUUAUCUUGGAGAGCAAAGACAAUUAUUAAUUAUGGAGGAUGGAGCCUUACUUGUCAAUUGCUAUUCUAAGUGUGGGCACUUAAUUGUAAAAUAUUGUUUGUAUUGAGAAAAUUGUGAAUAAGUAUUUUUGUAAAUGUGAGACAACUGGAAUUGUUGACCUACCUAAAAUGGAAAAAAAAAUUGGUCAACAGUUAAGAAUUGAAAACGUAAUUCUGAGUCGCUGCUUCUGUGUUUUACCACUGUCAAUAAACUCAAGUCUAUUUUCAAGCUGUAGAAAUAUUUUCAUGAUGUUAGUGGGCAUCUUGUUGGUUGUUAAUAGAUAAAAAAGUGCAAUGAAAUACGUGAGAAGAGGUAAAUGCGUUAUGCCAAACAUUUGAUUUAUUGUGCAGUAUCUGACAGCACAGAUGCGAUUAUUUUGCUGACGUUUUUUCCUCUUCAAAUUGAAAUCCUAUAAUGUUAAAUUUAAAUGAUGUAUUUUUUUAUAGACUGUCACUUCAAUUCAUUGUGCUUUUUGUGCAAAAAAAAAAAGCUCUUGUGUUUCAAUAAAGGUUGCAAAUGCACGUUUUCUUUUAACAUGUUACUUUCAAAAAUUGUUUUGUAAAAUAAUUUCACUUAUCAAAAAACUUUGUUGAUUAUUGUACAAAAUAGUGAUUGUUUGUGUAAAAAGGGUUAUCUGUCUAUUGUUUGAGUGUUAAUAGUUUGUAGGUGGGAUCAUUGUCCAACUUUAUUGUUGAAAUAGAACAUUGCAAAAUGUCAAUACAUCAUGUGUUUUGUGUGACUUGUGCUAUCAAAGUUGAACUUAUAGAGUUUAUAUAGUAAUGAGAGUUGGUUACAGUUUUCAAGGGAUAUGUUUCUACUUCUCUUGGCUAUUGUUCCUUUAAAGGAAAUAGAAAAAUACAAUAUAUCCGAGUUCAACUACAGUAGUUUUAAAUGAUGCGAGAGUCUUAAUAUAAUUUUAAUUUUUGUUAAACUAUUUGUAAUGACAGUCAUGAGUUUUAGAGCUGUACGUACUUGAAUAUUUUCUUUAAAAACAAAAAUGUUUGUAUACAAUUGAAAAUACAGGGAACCUCAGUAUUAA